AUGAAGGUGUUUCUGUCUCUUCUGUUGGCUGCUGUCACUUGCAUGGAUUUGGGACACUCCUUGCAGUGUUACACGUGCAGGGAUUUGACCUCAGUUGACAAGUGCCAGACAGUUGAGAACUGCACAAAGGAGGAGACCAUGUGCAAGACUACGAUGUAUUCCCUGGAGGAUGUUUAUCCCCCCUCGGGGGUCUCCACUGUCACCAAGAUGUGUGCCUCCAGAUGUGAGCCCUCCAACGUGGAUGACAUCGGGAUGACGCGUCCUGUCACCUGCUGCUACUCUGACCUGUGCAACUUCAAUGGAGCAGCAAGUCUGAGCAUCAGCUUCGUGCCAGUUGGGAUCCUGGCAAGUUCCCUCUGUGCCUUUUUCUGGACUAGACUCUGA